CAGUUGCAACGACCCCUUCUCUGGAGCAACCAAGUCUCAACACUCAUCAUGAAGUUGCUUAGUCUCGCACUGGCUCUCCUGCUGGUGUUGUCUGGCGUCCUGUCGCCCAGCCAAGCCAUGCCGGGCGCCCUGGCUGACCCGAAUCCCGAAGCAGAAGCAGCAGCCGACCCUGAUCCGUUCUUCUUCAAAAAGAAGAAGUAUGGCUACGGCGGCUAUGGUUAUGGCGGCUAUGGCUAUGGCGGUUAUGGCCAUGGCGGAUAUGGCGGUUAUGGCCAUGGCGGUUAUGGCCACGGCGGAUAUGGCGGUUAUGGCGGUUACGGAGACUAG